AUGGCAACAAAUCUAAAAGAGAGCUACGAUCUUCUUGGGCUUCCAACUGACGCUACCGAAGAAGAAGUGCGAAAAGCGUACAUAAAGAAGGCGAAAGAAUGCCAUCCGGACAAGAAUCCUGAUGAUCCACAAGCCACAGAGAAAUUUCAGGCGCUUAGUGAAGGAUACGAGAGAAUUAAUUCAAGCUCGAGAACAGAGUCCACUGAUGAGGAAAAUUUCAGUGGAUGUGAUGAUUUCUUCAACUUCAUAUUCUUCCGGGAAAUGAUGCGAAGGAGGAUGAGAGAGGAGAUGAUAAUGAGAAUGUUUGGAGGUAUAUUUGACGACGACAUAGGCCUCGAGGGAGUUCACUUCCCGUUUGGAGGGCCUUUAUUUAACCGCCCAAGGUCUAAUGAAUCUUUCGCACGAUGGCAUCAUUCUCGGUUUCAGGGUGAAAGAGUACCCAGUGCACACGAUACUUCCACUAAAUCGUCAAAGAAGGAAAAGCAGCGUAAAAAAAAUCCACGCAAAGCGUCGGACCUAGGACCCAGUGGAGACUUGCACGAACGAGAAUAUUCGAGAAGACGUAAUUUUAGCAACGAGGCAACAACCUCAGAUCGUGGAGAAACCAUUAACAGCAAAUCUGCUGAGGAAAGUUUUCCCGCUAGUAAUGAAAAAGAAACAAGUGACAAAAAGCGAGAUAAACAACAUGAUGCUCGAAAGUCAAAGCAGAAAAAUAAGAACAAAGGACAAAUGACGGCGGCUGAAUGGCAAAAGGGACGAAAGAAAAAUCACAAAAAGAAGACGGCGAGGUCCUGA